CAGGAGAGCGAGUGUUUAAAGCCGUUCCUAGCGUCCCUAGGCCGUGUGCUCCCAAAGGGGCGCUUAGGGGCAGCGUGCUCCCAAAGGGGCGCUCCGAGGGGCGAAGCGCUCCGGCCACCAAGGCACAAGGAGAUGGUCCUGCAGCUGCCGAGCGUCGCUUUAGGCCCUGCUCCCCUGGAAAGGCAUCCUCCUGUCUUCAGAAACAGCUUCGUAGCUAUGUAAUUUAAAGCAUAAAGUGAGAGAGGGAGCCUGUUUGGUAGCGACGUGGAAGCCGCCGGGAGCAGAGGGAACAAGAUGAAUGCGUCCGGAGGAGGCUGCGGGAGCCCCAGUGCUGCAGAACCCGCUGGGGAUUUCUUCAAGGAGCUGUGGUCCAAACUGAAAGAAUGUCACGAUAAGGAAGUGCAAGGCUUACAACUGAAAAUAUCCAAACUGAAAAAGGAAAGAUGCUUGGAUGCAGAAAGACUGGAAGAGUUUUACACCAAGAAUCAACAGCUCAGAGAGCAGCAAAAAGCACUUCAUGAUACCAUCAAAGUUUUAGAAGACAGAUUAAGAGCAGGAUUAUGUGACCGCUGUGCUGUAACUGAAGAACAUAUGAGAAAGAAACAGCAAGAGUUUGAGAACAUUCGGCAGCAGAAUCUUAAACUUAUCACUGAACUCAUGAAUGAAAAGAACAACUUACAAGAUGAAAAUAAAAAGAUAUCUGAACAAUUCCAGCAAUUGCAGAAGAAGUUAGAAGAGCAAAAGCAACAAGCAGCUGAAUUAGAAGAAGGUGUCAUUCCAGAUUCUCCAGUCCUGACUUCUUCAUUUUCUGUGGUUAAUCGUAUGAGAAGGAAAAAAGAGAAUAGGCAUGUCCGAUACACAGAGCAUGCACACCCUGAUCUGGAACUUGCUGAAAGCAACAGUGAGCUUGGAAAAACCCCACUCAGUUCUACUCAAGCAAACAGUCACCAUGGAGGGGAGAUACUAGUGGCAGACACUUGUGAUCCACAGCUCUCACCAGUGCCAAAUAAACAGAGGGUUGGAGGCUACCCAGGUCCAAGACCAUCUUUUAACUUGGCUGCAGUUGUGGCAGAAACGAUUGGACUCUCUGUUCAAGAGGAAUCUGAGUCCCAGAGUGUGCUGAGUCCUCCUGCCCAUAACGCUGUUACGAGCCAGGAUCCCGAGAGCCUGCGGUCUGAGGAUUCCAGAAAACACCCAGCAUCUGAAUCAACAAACGAUGACGACAUGCUAGGUCUUUCAGAGCCAUCUCAGAACACUCCACCACAUGUGGACUGGGAUCCUCAGGUAGCGUCUCCCGUUUUUGGAGCUUCUAGCAAUACGAAGAACAACUCAAGCACAAGUCAUGCUCCUUGUAUUUUAGAUUCUGGAUUGAAGCCUAAUCUUAAAACCAACCUCUUCAACAAUCCUUCCAGUUCCAGAUCUCAUAAAAGCAGAUCAAAAUCUGAAGAUGUUGCUUUUGUUGCACCACUUAAUCUUGGAACUGAAAUAAACUCUGUUAUCAGCCAGACCUCUAUCAAUAGGCAGAUGGUUGUGAAGAAGAAUGCUACCGAGGCUGGCAUUUGUGUUGGAAACACUUGCACAGCUAAAAAUGAGACUAUCAAGAGUGAUUUCUUUCUCCUACACCAUAAGCAACUAGAAGGCAGGUGUGCUAAGAGGAAGAAAGCUGAAGAUGAGCACGCCGUUAGUUGUGAAAAGACAUCCUUCAACAAAGAGAACUCUGUGCCUUUCCGAGCAGAUAUCCAGCUUGUUAAUGGAGAACACACUGGUGACAAACCCUUGGAUCUGUCGGAUCGCUUCUCGGGAGUUCGCUGCCAAGACAAAAAGCAAGGCAGCGAGGAAGCCUGUAAAAGCAGGCUGAAGCAGGUGACUCUGCUUGACGUGUUUUCCCAGCUAGGGAAGCCCCUUGCGGAGGGGUCACCAUCCCUUCAAAAUGCCAACAGUGAGAGCUGCUUGUUGGGCAGAGAUUUACAAGAGCAACCUUAUGUACAAGAGGCAGUGCUGGGAAAAACGUUCCCAGAUACCAGAAAACAGAUCCAAGUGAAAGAUGAUAGCCCUCCUUUCAAAAUUGCACCACUGCUCAACACUGUAGAGACAGAAACUCUUUUUGAUGACAUGAAGGUUGCCAGUGACCAUGUACCAAAUAGAAAGAAAACAAGGACAGGGUAUGGAGAGUCUGAACCUGCAUCUGUACUUCAGCCAAACCCUUGUAGACUACCAAAAAAUAAAGCACUGCAAAAUGAACAAGAUCUUAAAGAUAAGUCUUCAUUAGAAAACCUUCAGUGGAGCGUGGAUCCAGGAGCUGACCUGUCCCAGUACAAAAUGGACAUUACUGUGAUUGAUACAAAGGAUGGUUCUCAGACAAGGACUGCUGGGGAAGGCGUUGAUAUGGAUUAUACCUAUGUUAGUGAAAGUGUGCUAUUAAAAACGAAGAACCAAGAGCAAAACCGGGAAGGUAGUCCAGGAGCAGGAAAAAAAAUGAAUGAUACCUUAGCAGAAAUGUUUGAUCGGACGAGUCAUGAAGAAUAUGAAUCCUGCCUAGCAGAAGAUGAUCUGUCUGCAUGUGAUGAAAAAGAAACUCUUCAUGAUGAUGAUCGGGAUAAAGAAAUAGCAGCUGCAAACAAGAAUCUAAAAAAAUAUGAAGAUAAACAAGACAAGACCAAACAGAAGGCUUUUGUGGAGCCCUACUUCAAAAGUGAUGAAAGAAAGAAUACUGUGCUAGAUUUUCCUCAUAUUGAGGUAAUUCGAAAGAAGGAAGAAAGAAGAAAGUUGCUGGGCCAUACUUGUAAGGAAUGUGAAGUAUAUUAUGCCGACAUUCCAGCGGAAGAGAGAGAAAAGAAACUAGCUUUCUGUUCGAGGCACAGGUUUCGCUACAUUCCUCCGAGUACACCUGAAAAUUUCUGGGAAGUUGGAUUUCCUUCCACCCAAACUUGUGUGGAAAGAGGAUACAUUAAAGAGGAUCUUGCUCCCUGUCAGCGUCCAAAGAGACGUCAGCCUUAUGCUGUAAUGUUUUCUCCAAAAGGCAAAGAGCAGAAGACAUAAACGAUGGAGAAAUACAGCAUGCCAGCCUGAGGGUUAUCUUUUCUGUCCUUAGAUAUUUAUAGUUAAUAUAAACUUGAAAUUAAAAAAUGUGUUUUCUACAACAAUAAAUCAUUUCACUGAGUAUGUAAAUUUUAUAAAAUUCUUUUGAAAAUCUGAAGUAUGUACCAGGAAACAAAGCUAUUUAAUGUAUGUUUGUUUCAUAUUUUUAUUAAUACAUUUUGUACGAAUUUUUGCACCUGUCAGCAAGUCUUCCUUUUUU